UAUGAACAAUAUUUUUCAGUUUAUUUCUUAAAUCGUAACAGUAAAGGCUGAAUUCCUAAUCCGACAGCUAAUUAAAAAGAAAAAAUAUAUUUGAAGUGCAAGAAAUAUAAAAAUCGAAAUUAAAUUUAAAGAAAAAUGUCAAGUGGUCAAAACGGUGUAGAUACUGCUGCUGCUACCAAUGGCAAGGCUAAAGCAACAAAUGUUGCCAAGCCCCCAACUAAAGAAACCAAUAGUAAUGGUUUUUCAAUAACACCUAAUCACAACACAACUGUACCCAAAGUAUUCGAGGGAAAUGAUGAAAUUUUGGAUCCAUUUUGUGAUCCUAAACAGCCUCAGAAAAUAUCAUUCCAUGAUAUUACAUCGGCAGCAUUUCUAAUUAAGGAUGGUGUAGAAAGGACGCCAUGUCCGCGCUCUACUACUUCGGAUUCCUAUGGCAUGGAUAUAUUUAAAAAAGAUUUCUUGCAAUAUACUGGCAGUUUCAAAGAGCGAGGAGCCCGUUAUGCUUUAUUGUCCCUAACCGAAGAACAAAAGAAAGUGGGAGUAAUUUCCGCCUCACUUGGAAACCAUGCACAGGCUCUCAGUUAUCAUGGCUGGAAGUUGAAUAUACCCGUUACAGUUGUUAUGCCUAAGGCAGCACCUAUUAUGAAAAUUCAAAAAUGUCGUAACUAUAAAGCUAAUGUGGUAGUUGAAGGCAAGGAUAUGGCUGAAGCUAAGGCCUGGGCCAUGAAAAUGUCCAAAGAAAAGGGUUUAUUAUAUAUCAACGGUUACGAUCAUCCUCAUAUAAUGGCUGGUCAGGGUACCAUUGGUUUGGAAAUAUUGGAACAAGUACCAAAUCCAGAUGCUGUUAUAAUACCCGUUGGAGGUGGUGGUUUAAUUGCAGGUAUAGCUACUGCUGUUAAAGCCCUGUCACCGAAAACAAAAGUUAUUGGCGUCGAAUCUGCCAAAUGUCCCAGUUUUUCAAGAGCUAUGGAAAACAAUGGUCCCAUUCAUACACCUAUUAAAAAUACUUUGGCUGAUGGUUUGGCAGUUCCAAAAGUGGGCUACAAUGCUUAUGUUACCGCUGUGCCACUAAUUGAUAAAAUGGUGGUGGUACAAGAGGAAUGGAUUGCUUUGGCUAUUUUACGUUUGGUGGAAGAAGAAAAAUGUGUGGUGGAAGGUGCUGGAGCCUCUGGUUUGGCCGCUAUAUUAGCUGGUCAACUACCAGAACUGCAAGGCAAAAAAGUUGUGAUAUUAUUGUGUGGUGGUAAUAUCGAUACCACUGUUUUUGGUCGUUGUCUUGAAAGAGGUUUAGCCGCUGAGGGCCGUUUGGUGAAAUUUAAUGUGGAAGUUACUGAUAGACCUGGUGGUAUUCAUGAAUUGUGCGAAAUACUUCACUCUUUGGGUGUGUCCAUUAAAGAUAUUAUGCAUGAACGUGCUUGGUUAAAGGAUAUUUAUACUGUAGAGGUUAAAGUAAUUUGUGAGACCCUAGACUGGGCCCAUAGUAUGGAAUUGAAAAAUAAGUUAAAGGAAAUUUACUCCAAGGUACAAUUUUCCGAAAUACCUUUGGCUAUUGAUGCUCAGCUCUUCGCCCAAGGCAAAAAGUAAAGGACUAGUCCAAGUUUUAAAACAGUUAUACAUAUUAUUUAUAAAAAUUUUAUAUAUUCAUAAAAGUUAUUUAAUAUUUAUGUAAAAAUUAGCUUUAACUAUUCUUCCUCUUCAUCUUCGUCAUCAUCAUCCUCAUCUUCUUUAUCAUCAUCUGUUGAUUCUAUGGCUUCAUGUUCCUCAUAAUCAUCUAUUUGUUUAAAUUUUAAUUCUUUCUUUAAUAAACUCAAUUGAUAAGCCUCUUCCA